AUGGACGCUCUGUGUGUUGCUGCUCAUACUCCCUAUUCUUCUUCUUCAUCUUCUUCGCUUGCCGCAAAUGCCCGCUGCUUAUCCUACGCACGAAGCCUUAAUCUGCGCGCCUCCCAGCUCCCCGCAUUCCGACCGCCGUCCUAUGCCUCGACCUAUUCCCGUUCUCGCCCCUUUGCCUCCCGCAAACCCCACAGGCCCCGCAUCUUCCUUCCGCUCGUAGUUGCUUCAAUGGAGCAAGUGGAAGAGACUUAUAUCAUGAUUAAGCCAGAUGGAGUUCAGCGUGGUCUUGUGGGGGAGAUAAUUUCCAGGUUUGAGAAGAAGGGUUUUAAGUUGACUGGAUUGAAGCUGUUUCAAUGCCCCAAAGAACUAGCCGAGGAACAUUAUAAGGAUCUGCAGUCGAGACCAUUCUUCCCCAAAUUGACCGACUACAUUACUUCUGGCCCUGUUGUUUGUAUGGCCUGGGAGGGCGUGGGUAUUGUAGCCUCAGCCCGCAAAUUAAUCGGAGCUACAAACCCUCUAGAUGCAAAUCCCGGCACAAUUAGAGGAGAUCUUGCUGUUCAUACUGGAAGGAAUGUGGUUCAUGGAAGUGACAGUCCUGAAAAUGGCAAACGGGAAAUAGCUCUGUGGUUCAAAGAAGGAGAACUAUGCGAAUGGACGCCUGCACAAGAACCGUGGCUUAAGGAAUAA